AUGCGUCAUCGGGCCGCGCCUCUGCUCGGGGCGGCGUCUCUGCUUGUCGCCGGUCUUGUCGCCGGCGCCCAACCUUUCACACCGAAUCAUGAGCCGGGACGGUGCGCCUUCAGAGGUCACUGCGGCAAGAAGAGCUUGUUUGGCAAGGAGCUGCCGUGCGUCGACAAUGGCCUUGCAAAGGACCCUGACGCCGAGCUUCGAAAGGAGCUCGUCGACCUGUGCGGCGCUGAAUGGAGCGACCGCUCCGUCUGCUGCACUAUGGAUCAGGUGAAAGCGCUCAAGUCCGAACUCGGCACGCCGAGCACCCUCAUCGGCUCGUGCCCGGCAUGCAAAUACAACUUCUUCAACCUGUUUUGCACCUUCACCUGCUCUCCCGACCAGUCCCUCUUCGUCAACAUCACCGAAGCCGCCGAUAAGAGCGGCAAGCAGCUCGUCACCGAGCUCGACCAGCUGGUAUCCGAGAAAUACGGAUCGGGCCUCUACGACAGCUGCAAAGAGGUCAAGUUCGGCGGCGCCAACAGCAGGGCAAUGGACUUGAUUGGCGGCGGCGCCAAGGAUUAUCACCAAAUGCUCAAGUUCCUUGGCGACACCAAGCCCUUCUUCGGGUCGCCCUUCCAGAUCAACUUCCCGGAGACGUACAGCCAGCCCGACAUGGGCCCUCUGGACAUGCACCCCAAGAUGUGCAACGGCUCAGACCCCGACUACCGCUGCGUCUGUGUCGACUGUCCCCAGGUGUGCCCCAAGCUUCCCGCCGUUCACAAGGCCGGUUCCUGCAAAGUCGGGGCCCUGCCUUGUCUGUCGUUCGCAUCCAUCUUCACCUACUGCGUCCUCGUCUCCGCCUUGGUUGCCUUCAUCUUCGGACACGUUGCCUGGAAGAAGUAUGCGCAGCACCGCGUCGAAAGGACGAGGCUGCUGCACGAGUCCUCUCAUAGCGACGACGAGGACGAGGGUGGCCCUGUCCUGACCGAGGCCAUGCGCGAUCGCCCCACCAAGCGGUACUGGCUCAACGACAAGUGCGACAAGGCCUUUAACAAGCUCGGCCACACCGCCGCCCGCUUCCCCGGCCUCACCAUCGGCACCAGCCUCUUGCUCGUUGCGAUCCUCAGCGCUGGGUGGUUCAGAUUCGACUUGGAGCGGGAGCCCGCGCGGCUCUGGGUGAGCCCAACCUCGGCCGCUGCCCAGGAGAAGGCUUACUUCGAUUCCCACUUUGGCCCCUUUUACCGUGCCGAAAAAGUCUUUCUUGUCAACGAUUCCCAGCCAACUGGGCCGGGUCCUGUCCUGAGCUACGAGACCCUCAAGUGGUGGACUGAAGUGGAGCAGAGCGUCGAGCGCAUCGUGAGCCCGACGUUUGGCGACAAUCUUCAAGACCUGUGCUUCAAGCCCAUCAAUGACGCUUGCGUCGUGCAGUCCGUGUCGGCGUACUGGUGGGCCAAGGGCGGCUUCACCCAGGGCUCUUGGAAGGAGCAGCUGCGGAGUUGUGCCCAGUCUCCAGUCGGUUGCCGUCCCAAGUUCGGCCAGCCCAUUGAACCCAACAUGAUCUUGGGUGGGUAUGGCUCUGACGUAGCCGACGCCAGGGCAAUCACCGUCACAUGGGUCGUCAACAAUGCUCGGGAGGGCACCGGCGCCUUGGCCCGAGCCAUCGACUGGGAGAACGCCCUCCGCGACCGCUUGCUCGAGGUCCAGGGCGAGGCAGAGCAGCGAGGGCUUCGCCUGUCCUUCACCACCGAGAUCAGCCUGGAGCAGGAACUCAACAAGUCGACAAACACCGAUGCCAAGAUUGUCGUCAUCAGCUACGUUGUCAUGUUCAUUUACGCGUGCAUGGCGCUGGGCACGCCUAUGAAGCACAUGUUCCGCAACCCGGCUUUGUUGCUCGUCGAGUCAAAGGUGACGCUCGGUCUCGUGGGCAUUCUGAUUGUCCUCAUGUCCAUUGCUGCUUCCAUCGGCUUCUUUUCGUGGGUCGGCCUCAAGGCCACUCUCAUCAUUGUCGAGGUAAUACCCUUCAUCGUCUUGGCUGUCGGCGUCGACAACAUCUUCCUCAUUGUGCACGAGCUGGAGAGGGUCAAUGUCAGUUGUCCCGACCAAAUGGUGGAGGAGCGCAUCGCAAGGGCGCUCGGCCGCAUGGGCCCGUCGAUUCUCUUCUCGGCCUUGACCGAGACCGUGGCAUUCGCCCUGGGAGCGGCGGUCGGCAUGCCUGCCGUCCGAAACUUUGCGGCGUACGCUGCCGGCGCCGUGCUCGUCAACGCCGUGCUCCAGAUGACCAUGUUUGUGUCGUUCCUGGCCCUCAACCAGAUGCGGGUCGAGGAUCAUCGGUGUGAGCUCUGGCCGUGGUGGCAGGUGACCAAGGCUCGCAUGCACCUUGACGGUAGCAACGGCUUCGGCUCAGGCGGACGGGGCGGGGCUCACGUCGACGAGGAGAGCCUCUUGCAGGUGUUCAUCAAAAACACGUAUGCUCCUCGCCUGCUUGGCAAAAGGGUCAAGCUGGGCGUCGUCGCCGUCUUCCUGGGCGUCUUUGCCGCGGCGUUGGCCCUGCUGCCCAAGAUGCAGCUCGGGCUCGAUCAGCGCGUGGCAAUACCAGAUGGCUCUUAUCUGAUCCCAUACUUCAACGACUUGUACGACUACCUGGAGACUGGGCCUCCCGUAUACUUUGUCACGCGGGGAGUGGACGCGUCGCAGCGGCGGGAACAGCAAGAGCUGUGCUCGCGAUUCACCACGUGCCAGGAUCUCUCCCUGACCAGCACGCUGGAACUCGAGAGGCAGCGGCCGGAUGUCUCGUACAUUUCGUCCCCAACGGCCAGCUGGAUCGAUGAUUUCUUGCGCUGGCUCAACCCCGUUUACGACCAGUGCUGCGUUGAGAACGGGUCGCCAUGCUUUGCGGACCGAACCCCUGCAUGGAACAUUACGCUCUCGGGGAUGCCAGAGGACAAAGAGUUCCUUCACUAUCUCCACAAGUUCCUUACGUCUGCGGCAGAUGACAACUGCCCUCUCGGCGGCCAGGCUGCGUACGGAGAGGCGGUCAUCAUCGACGACGAAAACACCAAGGUCCAGGCUACCCACUUCCGAUCCGCGCACACGCCGCUCCGGAGCCAAAGCGAUUUCAUCAACGCGUACUCGUCUGCUCGUCGUAUCGCAUCCGACAUCACGGAGAGGACGGGAGCAGAUGUUUUCCCAUACAGCGUCUUUUACAUUUUCUUUGACCAAUACCUCACCAUUGUAUCACUCACGGCUGGCCUCUUGUGUGCCGCAGUCGGCAUCAUCUUCCUCAUUGCUUCGCUACUGUUGGGCUCGGUGCUCACCUCGGCCGUGGUGACCGUGACGGUCGUCAUGAGCGUCAUCGACAUCAUGGGAGCCAUGGCCGUCUUCAACGUGUCCCUGAACGCCGUCUCUCUGGUCAACCUCAUCAUAUGCGUGGGCAUCUCCGUCGAGUUUUGCGCACACAUCGCCCGGGCCUUUAUGUUCCCGUCCCGUACGGUCAUGGAGGGCAAUAACAACUCCUUCCGCGGGCGAGACGCCCGUGCCUGGACCGCGUUGGUAAACGUUGGUGGGUCCGUCUUCUCCGGCAUCACAAUCACCAAGCUGCUCGGCGUCUGCGUCCUUGCCUUUACGCGGUCCAAGAUUUUCGAGAUUUACUAUUUCCGCGUGUGGCUAGCACUCGUCGUCUUCGCGGCCCUGCACGCGCUGGUCUUCCUGCCCGUAGCCUUGAGCCUUGCCGGAGGAGAUGGCUACGUCGACCCGGAGAGCGAGGGGACGGCAGCUCAGGACCUCACAGACCGGAGAUGGAGGGCGAUUAGGGUUCACGACAACAGCGACUCUGAGGACGGGUACUAA